UACACCCGGAAGCUUUUGUAAACAAGCACGAGACACUGUUAAAACAGCUUCGGUAUGAGAAGGUAGUAACAAUACAAAUAGGAGAAAUCAUGGAGGACACAGAGCGGGCGCAGUUCGAAGGAAACCCGGACUGGAUGUCUCGUUUACCGGAGGAGCUGCUGGACGUCCCGCUGUGGAACCUGGCCUUACCCGGCUCCUGUCGCACCACAGGGAGCCACGACAGCAUGUCCUUCUGCCUGGAUGUCUCCUCUCCUGUGCUCAGGUCGCAGUCCUGCCUACUCAGACUGACUGACUGGCUGCUUCCCUGCUGUACUCGACGCUGUGUUUACCGCUGGGCCACCACACAGCAAUCAGUCCUCAUUUAUCAGUGUGAUCUCGGUAUUCGUUUUUUGGACCUGCGGAUUGCCAGGAAGCCAACAGGGGGCAGCAAAUUGUUCUUCGCUCAUGGCAUCUACACGGUGAUGACCGUCAAGGAGGCUCUGUAUGAACUGGCCGGCUGGCUGGACGCUCAUCCCAAAGAGAUUGUAAUUGUUUCCUGCUCACACUUUGAGUCUCUGAGUGAUGAAGACCAUGCCAAUCUGAUGAAGUUCAUCCUCCUGCUCUUCAGUGGGAAGCUGUGCCUCCCACAGGAAACUCCCACUGUGCGGUCCUGUUGGUCUAAAGGUCAGCAGGUCAUUGUUUUCUAUGACAACCAGGAGAUGCCCCAUCCUAAGCUGUGGAGUCGGAUCCCUUACUGGUACGCCGACAGCCCAGACCCUAAGAAAGUGAUCGCCUACCUGGAGGAGCGGCAGCACCAAGGGAGACCAGCUGGUUUUUACGUCACUGGUCUGAACCUGACGGAGGACAUUCCCUACGUCUUCCUGCACCCAUUCCAGAACAUGAGGAAGUUGACGCUGAGCUCUCUGUCGCUGCUUCUCCGCUGGGCGGGCGAGCAGCUGCCGGGACCCAAGGGAGUCAACGUCAUGUGCUGCGACUUCGUUGGCAUGAGCGAGUUCUGCUCGCUCGUCAUCAAGCUGAACUACAAACUGGUGGGCGGAGCCCGCGGGAGGCUGGCAGCUUCCUCCUCAGAGGCCAAAAUAAGUGCCAAUUAAAAUUUUUUUUAAACAUCAUCCUGUUUACACAGAUGUUUGCACAGUUUGUUUUAACAUUACCUGUUACACUGAAUAACAGUUUGAUUUCUGAUUCAUUUUCCUAGUCUGUGCAGUCACUAAGUUUAGUGACCCUAGAGUUGCACUGAUGGAUACUUUAUCACAAAUAUUUGCAUAAAUAUAUAAUCUAUAAAUCAUAUUUUUUUAACAGAAUUCUACUUAUUUUUAAUUUAUCUACUUCAAACUGCUCUUUUAUGAUUUUCUUACCCUUAAAAUUUCUUCUCAGGGAUCAAUGAAUUCUUAUCUUUGUGUUUCAGUAUUGCAUAUUUUUACACAUUUUAGUGUUUACUAUAAUCAUCACAUACAGUAUCGACUUUUUAAUCACCCUGCAGUUAGUCUACAGACUGUCGGGUUUUACAGUAAUUGUU